AUGAAAACCUAUACCUCACUUGGUGCAGCCUUCCUUGUGCUCCUCCCGGCAGCACUUGGAGCUUCGUCCACUCCAACUGUGACUAUCUCCUCCCCCCAAGCGACUAUUAUUGGAUUGGGUGGCCAAGUUGAAGAGUUUCCUGGUGUCCCGUUCGCCAAACCGCCAGUCAAAGAUCUCCGCUUCAAACCUCCUGUGCCAUUAACCGAGCCUUACGGGGUAUAUAAAGCUACCGAAAACAAGGAUAUCUGCCCACAAUUCAUUGCCAGUACUGCAGACGGAAACUCUCUCCUCCCUAAGUUCCUUGCUUCGGUGAUCAAUUCGCCAAUAUUCCAGCAGCCCAUUCUUUCAGCGAGCGAGGACUGCCUUUACCUCAAUAUUCAUCGACCGGCAGGCACAAAACGUGGAGACAACCUGCCAAUCCUUUUCUAUAUAUACGGAGGUGGCUUCCAACUUGGCUGGAACUCCAUGUACGAUGGCAAACCUUGGGUUGAAGAGUCAGUCAAGCUAGGAAAGCCAAUAAUCGUGGUAACUGUUGCCUACAGAAUCGGCGGUUUUGGGUUUUUGCCUGGUCGCGAAAUCCAGGUAGAAGGGUCCUCCAACGCGGGACUAUUGGAUCAACGACUCGGCCUUCAAUGGGUAGCGGACAAUAUUGAGGCAUUUGGAGGAGAUCCGGAGAAGGUGACUAUAUGGGGUGAGUCUGCUGGUGCCUGGUCUGUCUUUGAUCAGAUGGCUCUAUAUUCUGGAAAUCACACCUAUAAUGGGAAUCCGCUAUUCCGGGGAGCAAUUAUGAACUCUGGCACCUUUCUGGCCGCCGAUGCUACUGAUGAUCCUAAAGCUCAAGCGAUCUAUGAUCAGGUUGUUGAAAGGGGAGGGUGCGCAGAUGCUCCGGAUACCCUGCAAUGUCUCCGGAGUCUUGACUAUACCGCAUACUUAAAUGCCGCGACCUCCGUGCCAGCCAUGCUCGGAUACCAAUCCCUCGCUCUUGCGUACCUCCCUCGAGCGGAUGGAACCGUCCUCACAGACGCCCCAGACCAAUCGGCAUUGGAAGACAAGGUUGCCAAAGUCCCAUUCAUCGCUGGUAAUCAGGAAGACGAAGGAACGCUCUUUGCCCUCUUCCAAUCAAACAUCACCACCGAGAAGCUCCUUAUCGACUACCUCGCCGAUGUCUUUUUCCCGAGUGCAUCCCAGCAGUUGGUAAAGGAAUUUGUUGAUCUCUAUGCCGAUACCGACACGAACGGCGCGCCAUUCCGCAUUGGAUCCAAGAACAAUAUAUUCCCGGAGUUCAAAAGACUUGCAGCAAUCAUCGGCGAUCACGAGUUUUUGCUUAGUCGGCGUAUCUUCCUUGAAGUCUCGGAAACAGCCAGCCCUGAUGUUCCUACCUGGUCAUACGUAAGCUCUUAUGACCACGGCACACCAGUCAUAGGUACGUUUCACGGGAGCGAUCUGCUUCAGGUCUUCUUCGGCAUCCUACCUAACUAUGCGUCGGACGCGUUCCACGCCUACUAUAUAUCGUUUGUUAAUGCUCUGGAUCCGAACGACGGUAACGAGGGGAGUUUUGCUCAUUGGCCUCAAUGGAGCGGGGAUCAUCAAUUGCUGAAUAUGUACGCCAACCACUCGGAGCUCAUAUCCGAUGAUUUUCGGUCUGAGGCUGCGGCAUUUCUUAAAAAGAAUAUCAAGAGCUUCCGUCUUUGA